AUGUCAUCGACUCUCAUCGAGCAAACUCGCUCCAAUCACGAGGAGGUUGAAAGGUUGGAGCGAUUGAUUGUGAAAGAUCUACAGACAGAGCCGCUUUCGACCAGGGAGAGAUUGGUACAAGGCCACCGUGUCCGUCACAUUAUCGAGUCUAUUAUGCACACUACUGAAAAGCUCGUUGAAACCUAUGAAGAUAAGGAUGGAGCGAGGGAAGAUGAGAUAGCAGCGCUUGGUGGCCAAACUGCGACUGGGACGAAUGUGUUUAAUGCAUUUUAUGAGCGUUUGAAAGAGAUACGUGAAUAUCAUAGAAGGCAUCCUUCUGGACCUCUUCCUGAUGUCAAUGAUGACUACGAAGCACGCCUGAAGGAGGAACCAGUCAUUGCGUUCAGUGGAGAGGAAGGUGCUGGUCGGUACUUGGACUUGCAUGAUCUGUAUAACCAGUACAUCAACUCUAAAUUCGGGGAAAGGCUUGAGUAUUCUGCUUACCUUGAUGUUUUCUCUCAGCCAGAUAAGAUUCAGCGUAAACUAAAGUUUUCGAGGCAAUACAGGAAGUAUAUGGAAGCUCUGCUAGAGUACUUGAUCGGCUUUUUCAAGCGAACCGAGCCUUUGCGAGAUCUUGACAGAAUACUUUCUAAGGUUGAGACUGAUUUUGAGGAGCAAUAUGCAGAUGGAAGAGUUGAAGGCUGGGAGAACCAUGGCCAGGAAAAUGAACUUAUUCCAUCUCAGCCUACUGUCAUAGAUCUUGAUUACUACACCACAGUCGAGGAACUGAUAGAUGUGGGACCUGAAAAGCUAAAGGAGGCGCUGGGGGCAUUAGGACUGAAAGUUGGUGGUACUCUGCAGCAGCGUGCCGAGAGACUUUUCCUGACAAAGCAUACGCCUUUGGAGCAGCUGGAUAAGAAACAUUUUGCAAAACCUCCACACAACGGCAAACAAAACGGAGAUGCCAAAGCAACACAGGAGUCCGACAGUGCUAAAGAGAUUGCACUAACAGAAGCCAAAGUGAAGAAACUCUGCAAUUUACUUGAUGAGACAAUCGAAAGGACGAAACAGAACGUUGUGAAGAAACAGGCGUUGACGUAUGAAGAGAUGGAGGAAGAACGCGAGGGUGAAGAAGCCAAUGCGGAAUCGGAAAGUGAUGACGAGGAUGGUCAGAUUUACAAUCCGCUGAAGCUGCCAAUGGGUUGGGACGGGAAGCCUAUACCAUACUGGCUCUACAAACUUCAUGGACUUGGCCAGGAGUUUAAAUGCGAUAUAUGCGGGAACUGUAGCUAUUGGGGAAGAAGAGCUUUUGAGAGACAUUUUAAAGAAACGCAACACCAACACGGAAUGCGUUGCUUAGGAAUCCCAAACACAAAGAACUUCAACGAGAUCACUUCGAUUGAGGAAGCGAAAGAAUUGUGGAAGAGGAUACAGGAGAGGCAAGGAGAGAACAAGUGGAGACCAGAGCUCGAAGAAGAAUAUGAAGAUCGUGAAGGUAACAUAUACAACAAGAAGACUUACUCUGAUCUUCAGCGUCAAGGUCUCAUUUGA